AUGCCAGAAUCACUUCUGAGGGAAGAUGAUGUCUCACACGAGAAUAUAAAGGCAUCGGUGGAAAAAUGUUUUGGAUUACCAAGUUUUGAAGGAGAUGGUUAUGUUGUUCAUCGCUUUUCGUUUCUUUUGGACAACAACGAUAUACUUCAAGAUGUUAAAAAGCAUCUAAGGUCCAUUAUUAAGUCUAUGAGUUGCACGGGUCUGCUGCGGUUUUCCAACAUUGUUACCGGAAGCUCAGUCUUAUAUGAGAAAACUCGUUUCAAGAUGAGAAAGAUUAUUCUGGAAUAUUUGAAGAAGAUACUACAGAAACCAAAGCAUAGAAACCGUAAAAGAUUUAUUGAAGAAUUACCUAAACUUCUUAAAAAUCCAUCUAACUUCCACGUAACUAAUCAUGUGCAAGAUGUAGACCCUGCUUACUUAUCUCAUCACAGUGCUGCAACGAAGAUACUGGAAGGCCUCAAAGAAAUGAGUUUUCAAUUAUUGUCUGCAAUAUCUAGGAGGCUUAAAGGUGAAGUGAAAGAACCUAAGUUUGAAGUGAGAAAUGUAUUCAAUAAAGAGCUUAGUAAAGUUAGAGAAGAAGAGGAACUUCCCAUAAGGUUGGAUAAAGCAAUGUUUGUUGCUGUUUUGGGACUUAGAAUGAAAGUGGAUAAUCCAAAAAUAUUUAUCCAUGAGUUUUGUGGUUCCAAUGCUUAUAAACCAAUUUAUGGGGAUCUUGUAAAGUGUAUUAGAAUUCUCAAUGGCACCAAACUCAAAGUCUUGGUUGAUAACAUUGUAGAUAAGUUGAGAACUAUAUUGGAUCUGAUAUCUAACUCUAAAGUGAAACGGCAACAAUUCCAAGAUGCCUUAAAGAGAUGGAUGAUUGAGCACCUGUUUGAGUACAGUGAGCUUGCGAAGACCCCAGAUUCAGUAGUGAAGACUGUUAAGAUCAUCAAACAAAUGCAUCAUGAACGAGCUAUAUGCAACAAAAACGAGCAAGCUAAGAAGGAGGUAUAG